CUGCUUAUCGAUAAGCGAUAAAGUAUACACAUAAAAAAUUAAAUUGCAGCACCAGCACCAACGCACAUAUUUAUUGUUCCAAGUGCGAGGAGUGCUAAAAACAAAGAGCGAAGAGCGUGUGUGCGAGUAAACAUUUUGGGGCAGAUACAGACAGAGCGACCGGAACCAGAGCCAGCCACGGGCCGCUACAACAAGGCACAGGGCAAGGAACUGAGAAGCAGCAGCAGGCAGAACAACGUCGACGACUACAACAAUGAACACACUGAGCCCCAGCACAAACGGAGCAGCCAGCGGUGGCUCCACAACGGCCAUAUCCACGACAGGCAAUGGUAACGGGAACGGUUCCAGCACAAACGUAGCAGCGGCCGGCACUGCGAACGAUGGUGGCGGGGGCGGUGGCCUCGACGAGGCUGGCGGCGAUGCCAGCUCACGGCGGCAGGCCACUCGUGUUUUCAAGAAGAGUUCGUCCAAUGGCAAAAUCACCGUGUAUCUUGGCAAGCGGGACUUUGUAGACCAUGUGUCGCACGUCGAUCCCAUUGAUGGGGUGGUCUUCAUUGAUCCCGAAUAUGUCAAGGAUCGCAAGGUGUUUGGCCAGGUGCUGGCCGCCUUUCGCUAUGGUCGCGAGGACCUGGACGUCCUGGGGCUGACAUUCCGCAAGGACCUGUAUUUAGCGCAUGAGCAAAUCUACCCGCCCAUGCAACUGGAACGCCCGAUGACCCGUCUUCAGGAGCGGCUGAUUAAAAAGCUGGGCCCCAAUGCACAUCCGUUCUACUUCGAAGUGCCACCCUACUGCCCCGCCUCGGUGUCCUUGCAGCCGGCCCCCGGAGAUGUGGGCAAGUCUUGCGGUGUGGAUUACGAGCUGAAAGCAUUUGUGGGUGAGCACGUCGAGGACAAGCCCCACAAACGGAACUCGGUGCGCCUAACCAUACGGAAGGUCAUGUAUGCCCCAUCGAAGGCCGGCGAGCAGCCAUCGAUUGAGGUGAGCAAGGAGUUCAUGAUGAAGCCGAAUAAAAUCCACCUGGAGGCCAGCCUGGACAAGGAACUGUACCAUCAUGGCGAGAAGAUAUCGAUCAAUGUCCAUGUGGCCAACAAUUCCAAUCGAACGGUCAAGAAGAUCAAGGUCUGUGUGCGGCAAUUCGCCGACAUUUGCCUCUUCUCGACGGCUCAGUACAAGUCGGUGGUGGCCGAGAUCGAAUCGGAGGAUGGAUGCCAGGUGGCGCCGGGCUUCACUCUGUCCAAGGUCUUUGAGCUGUGCCCCAUGCUGGCCAACAACAAGGACAAAUGGGGCCUGGCCCUGGACGGACAGUUAAAGCACGAGGACACAAAUUUGGCGUCCAGCACUCUGAUCACCAACCCCGCCCAGCGCGAGAGUCUCGGCAUAAUGGUACACUACAAGGUGAAGGUUAAGCUGCUAAUCAGCUCGCCGCUGCUGAAUGGCGACUUGGUUGCCGAGCUGCCGUUCACGCUAAUGCACCCCAAGCCCGAGGAGGAGGAGCCACCGCUGCUGGGCGAGCGAUCGCCGCGGGCCAGCUUGGCGGCGCCCCUGCUCAGCUUGGGCGAAAUGGAAGUAGACGGCGCAUCAGGGUCCGGUGGCGACCAGGGACAACAGGAUGUGCCCACCACCACCAAUCUGAUCCAGCUGGACGAUGAGGAGGCGCAGGAUGAUGACAUUAUAUUUGAGGACUUUGCCCGCUUGCGUCUGAAGGGCGCCGAAACGGAGGCCUAGAUCGCUGCUGGCUGGUGCCCCGUCCCCCUAGAACUUUCGAUUCCACUGUAGUCGAGCCUAGAGCUCGCUGCUGACGUGCUCGAUCGGUUUUAGGACACGCGUGCACAACAGAACAAGAACAGAACUUUGAAUGUCCAACUUAUUGAAUUCGUCAUAUUUCGGCAUUUUGUAUCAUAUAUGAGAAAUUCGCGCAGCCGCAGCCUAAUGUAAAGUUUUAUACAGUAGCCAAUAGCCACGGUAAAUAGUUUUUUGGUGUAAGCUAUUUGAUAUGUGUAGGCCAUACGUUCUAGUAUCAAUAGAGUUAAGCUGAAAGUGUACGAAUUUUAAAAAUGUGAAAUUGUUUAACAAAUACACAAACUAUACACGAACACAAAUACACACAUACGCAUACACAUGCCCCCCACAACACUCACACAGAUACGCCAUGUAAUUUACCACACACACACCCACGCCUGCAACAGUUGAAAGAAUGCACAAAAAUUAUAUUUAUUUAUCUACGAAACACAAAAUCUGUUCAUUUAUGUUAUGCCCAUCCUUAGCGAUUGAAAUAUGCGCACACAAACCCCCAAGUUUGACAUUAAGCUGAGAUUUAUGGGGCUAGCACAGGGGACAAUGUUUGAUUUGUCGUUGUGGUGUGGCUUGCCCUAUCGGAGCAGCCAAUUCGGAUUAUGUAUUAUACAGCAGAAGCAGAGUGAAAAGCCUAAGCCUUAUACCAUCUUGUAUGGAAAGAAUAAUUAAUGUAAUUGGAAAGGAAUAAAAUGCAAGGAAACUUAACGUUAAAAACUACCAAAAGAUUCUGUAUGAUUGUGGAAAUAUGCGAAAUAUGUAAUUCAAAAUAACUCACAUGAUCCACAUAGUCGAUAUCAGCACGCUUCCACGAAUCAUUUUGGGUUGCUUUAAUGAUUUCUAACCAAUUCCUGUGGCUUUACUUCUGCUCCCAAUUGGCCAAGUUCGGAAUCGAAAUUAAAGAAACGAAAACGAAACGCACAUUACUUUAGAAACACACAAAUGGGAAUUGGUUCCACUAUAUCUAUAUAUUUUUAUGACAGCCUUUUCAAUGAAAAGUAAAAAAAAGAGUAUACAUUUGAUUCCUUUCAUUUAUGGGCGGCGCCUGCUACGAAUGACUUAUAUGAUAUAUAAAAAUACUUGAAAAAAUUCUAGAUACGCUUAGGACAACUAAAAUUGAUAAAAACUAUGAAAAUAAUCUAAAAUAAGGCUUUUAAUGCGAACAUUAGCUCGAAUUUGUUUUUAGUGCCCUCCCCCCACCAGCAGAAACAACAGAAAUGAUGUGUAAAUAUAAUGUGAACAUAUUUUAAAGUGCAUUUUUAUAAGGCGUGUGCCAGUACGCUCACACCGAGCGUAUGGGUUUGUUAGAAUGUUUUUUAGAAUGUGACGGAAUGAUUGAUUGAAACUGGAACAAGCAAAAACCAAUAAAGAAAACCCCGAUGAAGGUAAUUAACAUGAAUUGUGCAUUGCAGAAUGGUUAAAAUGGAUACAAUAUGACAAGAAUUAAAUGAAUAAAUAUAUAUAGAGCAAUUUAAAUGUAUGUGUAGACGGAAUACUAAAUAAUAUUGAUACAUAUGUGAAUAUAUAAAGUAAAUGUACAUCAGAGCGAGUGUAAAGCAUUUAAGCCAUAGCCUCAGCAUGUGCCCAUGAAUAAUAUCCCUCAGAAUUGCUUAAGAAAUUAGUCUCGGACAAAUAUAAAUCAAAUUUUCAACAUUAUUUGUAAAGUUUUUAUAAUACCUUUUUAUAUAUUUCGUACAUACACAUGUAAGUCGGAGGAGAACCUACGAAGAGGAAUCCUUUUGUAGCCUGCACAAA